AUGGGGAAAACAACGAAAGUAGUUGUUUGUGGAAUGAAAGGUGUUGGAAAAACUGCGCUGUUGGAACAACUUAUAUACGGAAAUGUCAAUUUCAAAACAGAAAUUCAUCCUACAAUCGAGGAUAUUUAUGUUGCAAAUAUAGAAACGGAUCGUGGUACAAAGGAAAAAGUGCGAUUUUAUGAUACUGCAGGGCUGGAAUCUCUUCAGAAUAAUGCAAAUAAUCAGCAGUUACCGCGACAUUAUCUCGGUUUCGCUGAUGGAUACAUUUUAGUUUAUGAUACUGCAAAACCUGAAUCCUUAGAUGUACUAUUUCCAUUAAAAAAAGACAUUGACAGGAAUAAAGAUAAGAAAGAAAUAAUUGUGAUUGUUGUUGGGAAUCGAACUAAUGCUGAAGAAGAAUCUCAUAGCUUGGAGAAUAUAGCAAGUAGAGCUGCAAAUUGGUGUACUAGAGAGAAACUGAAACAUUAUGAAGUAAAUGUUAUGGAUAGAACAAGUUUGUUUGAAGCAUUUGUUAAUUUAUCAUCUAGAUUAAAUCCUCCUACUAAUAAGAGUACAUUCCCGCAGUUAAAACUGCUUAAUUUUUGCAGAACAAAAGGAAAAUUACCUAAAUCAUGAUGUAAGAAAUGAUGAUAGUUAUGAUUUCUUUUCAUUAAGUACAUAUAUGUCCCAACUUUCGGCGCACCAUGAUGUAAGUAAUAAUGUGUCAAAUCGUAAAAAACAUAGCCUAUGAAACAAUUUUUUCUAUAUUUAAUAUAUUUUUAACAUUCAUAAUAGAAUUAUUAA